GGAUUUACACCCGCUUUUUCAUAAGAUUCAUCCGAAGAAGACAAUCCCAGUGACUUAGAAAAGAGGUACCUGAUGCAGGGCAUGACCUUUGGGCCCACGACUAGCUCGUUGGCUCAAGGGAGUUCGAGUCAGAUUGAAGCUGGCUAUGGCAGAACGAUCUGUGGCACUCCUUUGCGGCAUGGAAAUCUGUCGAAGCAGAGUACAGCACCUUUGGCAUCAACAGGACGAUGCUCAAGGUCACGGAGCAGUAAUGUAGUGCGUGCAGUCAUCGACAAGCCGUUGCUGGAAAACAGCUCCGCCCGUUCAGUGUCUGCGAGUGUUGCAGCAAUCAUCCUGGGUGGUGGAGCUGGAUCGCGGCUGUACCCCCUCACAAAAUCCAGGGCAAAGCCAGCAGUGCCGAUCGGCGGAGCUUACCGGCUGAUUGAUGUGCCCAUGUCCAACUGCAUCAACUCCGGCAUCUCCAAAAUCUACAUCCUCACGCAGUUCAACUCCACCUCGCUUAAUCGCCACUUGGCUCGCACCUACAACGUGGGCUCGGGCGUGCGCUUCGGCGGUGACGGCUUUGUUGAGGUCCUGGCGGCCACGCAGACUCCCACAGACAAGGAGUGGUUCCAGGGGACCGCGGAUGCAGUCAGGCAGUACGCGUGGCUGUUCGAGGACAUCAAGAACAGGGUGGUGGAGGACAUCAUCAUCCUCUCUGGAGACCACUUGUACCGCAUGGACUACUUGAAGUUUGUGGAGCACCACAGGAGCACCAACGCAGACAUCACCAUCGGGUGCUUGCCAGUGGACUACGAGCGCGCCUCAGACUUUGGGCUCAUGAAGAUCGAUGAGGAGGGCCGCAUCUAUGACUUUGCAGAGAAGCCAAAGGGGGACGCUCUGGAAGCCAUGAAGGUGGACACAACUGUUCUUGGUCUGAGCGAGGCAGAGGCAGCAAAGAGCCCCUUCAUUGCGUCCAUGGGCAUCUACGUCUUCAAGAAGGAGCUGAUGCUCAAGCUGCUCCGCGAGCAAGCCAAGUUCAACGACUUUGGCGGAGAGAUCAUUCCUGAGGCGGCCGCCAGCAGCCGAGUCAUGGCCUACCUUUUCAACGACUACUGGGAGGACAUCGGGACCAUCAAAUCCUUCUUCGAGGCCAACCUCGGCCUCGCCCAGCAGCCGCCGCGGUUUGAGUUCUACGACCCGCAGACGCCGAUCUACACGUCGCCGCGCUUCCUGCCGCCAGCCAAGGUGGUGAAGAGCAAGAUCAACGACGCCAUCAUCAGCCACGGGUCCUACCUGGAGGAGUGCACCGUCUCCAACGCCAUCAUCGGCCUCCGCUCGCGCAUCUCCAAGGGCGCUGUCAUCCAGGACGCGAUGAUCAUCGGCGCGGACUACUACGAGAGCGAGGAGCAGCGGAGCGCGCUGGUGGCGGCCGGCCGCAUCCCCAUCGGCAUUGGCCAGAACAGUGUGAUCAGCAACACCAUCGUGGACAAGAACGCGCGCAUCGGCCGCGAUUGUCAGAUCGUCAACGCUGCCGGCAUCGACGAGGCCGUGCGCGAGGACGAGGGCCUCUACAUCCGCUCAGGCAUUGUCUGUGUCCUGCGCAAUGCCGAGAUCCCCAACGGUACCAAGGUCUGAGCGCAUGGCGCGGGCCGAGGCGGCCGCAG